AUGGCCCGCGCACUCCGCGCCCCCACCGCUCCAUACAGCGAGCCUCUCCUCCCCCAACUCGACCUCCGCAACCCCUACUACACCGACCUGCAUUAUGCACUUCGCGCCCAUGUACGCAACUACGUCGAGACCUCGAUCGCCCCCCACGCCCAGGAAUGGGAAGCAGCAGGCCAAGUCCCCGAGCCGGUGCGCCGCCGGUACUGCGAGCUGGGCUUCGGCAUCGUGCACCCGCUCACGACGGAAGAGGACUCGGCCGGCCUGUUGCUGCCGGGCAAUGUGCCGCGCGAGAAAUGGGACACCUGGUGCUCGCUGAUCGUGUCGGACGAGCUUACGCGCGUGGGUUUCGUGGGCGUGACUUGGGGUCUUGGGGGUGGGAAUGGCAUCGGGUGUCCGCCCAUUGCGAGGUUCGGUUCGCCUGAGCAGCGGCGUCGGUGGUUACCGCGUGUUGCGCGUGGGGAGAUUCGGUUUUGUUUGGGGGUUACGGAGCCUGAUGCUGGCUCGGAUGUCGCUAAUAUCUCGACUACGGCCAAACGAGACGGUGAUCAUUACAUUGUUAAUGGGGCAAAGAAGUGGAUUACCAAUGGCCUCUGGGCUGAUUAUUGCACUGCUGCUGUCCGGACUGGUGGUCCGGGCAAGUCGGGGAUUAGCUUGCUUGUCAUUCCGUUGGCUGCUGCUGGGGUCACUCGCAGGCGCAUGUUUAAUUCUGGCGUGAACGCCAGCGGAUCUACCUUCAUCGAACUAGACGAUGUGCGCGUCCCCGCCGAAAACCUGAUCGGCGAAGAAAACAAGGGCUUCUUGCUGAUCAUGUCGAACUUCAACCCCGAACGGCUCGCACUCGCAUGCGCAUCGUUGCGGCUGGCCCGCGUGUGCGCCGAAGACGCCUUCAACUACGCCAUUCAGCGCGAGACAUUCGGCUCCCCUCUAAUCCAGAAGCAAGCCAUCCAAGCCAAGAUCUUCAAGUUUGGGCUGAUGAUCGAGCCGGCUUACGCGUUCAUGGAACAGCUCGUUAAUAUCCUCGAGCUCACGAAGGACCGACCCGUGGACGAUGUCAAGAUCGGUGGCAUGACCGCUUUGCUCAAGGUCAUGUCCACGAGGGCGCUGGAGAAGAGCGUCCGUGAAGCGCAGCAGAUUCUUGGAGGUGCUGGGUAUAACAAGGCUGGGAAAGGGGCAAGAAUUGAGCAGAUCAGCCGUGACGCCCGGGUUCAUGUGGUUGGGGGCGGCAGCGAGGAGAUCAUGAUGGGGCUGGCGCUCCAGGAGGAGACCAAAGCUCUUCGGACUCGGCGAAAGGCGCUUGAAACGAGACAGUCGAAGGUAUAG